AUGAGUGACUCGGAAGAAGAGUAUAAUUUGUUAAAUAGAGGGAUUAACUUCCCAGCUGCAAAUGAAGAUGUGAUUUCAUCCGCUGGAACAAAAGAAGAUGCUUCUGAGCCGCUCUUAAAUCCCGAAUUCGAAAAAUACCUCACUCCCCGUUGUCCGAGAAGAUCGAGGCAUCUGCAGAAUAAACCACGGCCUCCUGCAUUCCACUUGCUACCGCAUUGUGAAGUCGAGAUGGACCCAAUCGUCAUGCACACGAUUUCCUUGAGAGAGUAUGCUAGACAGAUGUCCGCUUUUCUCCACGGAAAGGAAGCUGGAGUGCCUUUGGAUGCUGCAGAUAUUUCAGAAAUUCCUCCUUAUCCGCCGAAAAUGAAGGAUGGAAAAGAGCUCUGUCGAAAUCGUCGAUUUCCUCCACCACCCUUGACGGAAUCUGUGGCAAAGCAAAUUUUCCGGAAAUCCGUGGCUGCUGUUGCCGCUCACACCGGUUUCUACAGUUCAACCGAGCAGGUGCUGGACCUUCUUACUGAUGUUGCUCACGAGCACUUGAAGUCGAUGCUCGGUAAAAUGCGGCAAAUGGACGAGAAAUCUCGGUGUCACGUUUAUCCGGCUGUUCACCCAUGUGUUCUUGUGAAUGUCGCAAAUUCUCUCGGCGAUAACCCGUCUGGCCAUGACACGAUCAGCAACUGGUACAGGAACAGUGUGAAGAGGAAAUUGCUGGAAAUGGAGGACUACUGUGAAACUCUUCGCGAAAAAUGCAACAAAAUUUUCCCCGAACCUGGCUACAAGCGGUGUCGAAGAUUACCGACCCAGCUGAUGUGUAACGUACCGGAAAUGCACGAAAGUCCGAAAGAGUUGGAAUGGAUCAUGCAGCCGAAUGGAGAAGAAACCAUCAGAUCGGGUAAUUCCUGGAACAAUAGCGGUGAUUCCGAGACAGAGAUUCCACUAGCAUCUGCAUUGGGAAUGAUCGAGGAUAAUGCUUCGUGGUCGCCGAGCGAAACUGCGUUGAUUCCGGAAAGUCUUUUGCGACAGGCGGUGCAAAUAAAAUCUUUAGCGUCUGGGAAUGUUUCUGUCGAUGGCGAAGAAAAUAUGAGUUCCAAGAUGCUGGGAGUUGCUCUUCGUGUGGUCGCUUCGGAUCUUGCGAGGAUGGGCAUCCGAAGGGUAUCAGCUGCUCCUAGUCAGUUGAGUGCGAGGAAUUUGCUUCGACCGUUGUUGAAUGGUGAGCUACGUCUGGCGUAUUCUACGAAAGGUCCGACUUACGUGGAACUGCCAAAGAAACGCGGGAAAGCUGGUGAAGGAAAAGGUCCUGUCAAUUGGCGAACUUUAGGCAUUUUUGCUGCCUUCGGAUCUGUCUUCGUAGCCGUUGUGAUGUAUCUUAGGAGUGAAAAGGAUAAAGCCAUUCAGCGCGAGCGGAAGCGAGAACUAGGGAAGGCCAAAAUCGGCGGAAGCUUUCAACUCGUGGACCACUUCGGCAAUCCGCGAAAGAGCUCGGAUUUCCACGGCAAAUGGUGCUUGAUCUAUUUCGGGUUCACGCACUGUCCCGACAUUUGCCCGGACGAGCUCGAGAAGCUCGGCAAAAUCGUCGACACGCUGGCCGCGAGCGAACACGCGGAUCCAGUGCAGCCAUUGUUUGUUAGUGUGGACCCAGAACGGGACACUGUUCCAGCUGUGCGGGCAUACGUGAAAGAAUUUCAUCCGGCCCUUCUUGGGCUCACGGGAACCGUGGAACAAGUGAAGGAGGCGUGCAAAGCUUAUCGUGUGUAUUUCAGUGCCGGGCCGAGAGAUGACGAUGAUGAUUACAUUAUAAUGGCCAAAGGUGUAAGGGACCGCCACGCGCACGCGAACGUCGUGUAUGAAAUCAACCAGAUCGCCGAGAUGUUGAAAUCGGUUAGAAUUUCGCAAGUGUUCCCGGUGAUGUGUUUAUUUUUUAUGGGUAUUAGUGCCCAAAUCUACGGUCCAAACCCUGCUGUCGGUCUUCCCCAACUGCUGAAUCCAGUGAUGAUGACAGCUGUUCCUCGGUAUUACAGUCCUGUCGUUGCAAAUCCCGUUCAGAAUGUGAGAAAUCCUCUGCAGGACGUGGCGAGUGGAUCAACCUAUUUGGGGCUUCUUGAUGACCCAUCAGGAGGUCGGGGAAAACUGGUGAAUGUCAAAGUGCACGACCUCAAGUCCAACGAGAUCGUCCCACUCGUUCACAAUUCCCUGCAGGGGGCACUCACCAACUUGGUCGACCUGAUAUCGGACAAGGUCGAGCAGCAGAAACUUUCCGAAGUGCUCGACACCGCGGCGCAGUACGUUCACUUGAAAAGGCUUCUUCUCGGCGGGGAUCAGCAGAGCCCGGAUUUGAUCAACAAAAUCGCCGCUCUGCUCAUGGAAAACAUGUCCCCGGACGUGUCGAAACAACGCACGGCUGCCAUGCUGAAUGAGACCAUCAAGGUUUUGGAAAACCGCGACAAUUUCUCGUUCAGGGAACCUCUGAUGAACAAACCAUUGCAACCAAAAGUUGAUGGACUUAACAGAUCGCCCGGAAUUGAAACUGUGAUGGAUAGUGAGCUUCCUGACGACUUGAAUGCUGGUCAGCAUCAAGACAACGUCGCAUUACCAGCUGCUGCUUUAAAUUCUCACCCGGUUGACAAUAAUAAUAAUAAUAAGUGCCAUUCUGAGCAAGAGGCACUUAUUCCGCCCUUGCCUUUGGUCGAAGACAACCAGCAGCAAAGAGAUUACGGGGAUCAGCCUUGAAAAAAAAAAAACCCCGUCAGUCUAAUAUAUUGCACAGUAAUAAAGGACUCAAACCAGCAAUCAUGACACCGAUGCUGCUUGCGAAAUUAAUAUGCAGAUUUUUUUUUCGCUGGAAAUUGCCCAACAGUCGUCGUUUAUGGAGGAACAGUGGAAAAUUCGUCUGAAUAUGUCUGCUGCUGUCCGAAUAAUAAAGUGAGCGUCAACAUAAAAUAAAUCUUGUUGCAUUGACUCGUUUUUUUUUUGCUGGUUUAUGGUGUAUUCAAUUGUAAUUUUUUUGCGUGCAGCAUUUAUUGCUGCUGGGUUCCUGAAUAUAACGAGAUUAAUUGGUUCCUG